AUGUUGCUUGCUAGGUUCAGCAUAAUAAGGUACACUUCUCAAAUUCUUCAUCCCUCGAUUUCGUUAUUGCCAUUUUCUACACAAACAGUUGAUCUAUUGAAUUCGGAUGACAAGAAACCUACGGAAAACAGUAUCAACAAGGACGAACGCCAUGUGUUGGAUCAAUUGUCUGAUCUUUUACCCAUCCGUCAUUGUAAUACACAUCCAAUCGGAAAACCUAGGUCAGAAUUGCACAAAAAUGUGGAGAUGUUGCUAUCACCUGAAGAUAAGUUGAGAGGGAUCUUCAUUCAGAAAUUGAAUGGGAAAUCUGAAAUUAAACGAGCUUUAACAGCAGCUGCUGUUGAUAUUGAAGUGACUACUGAUUUAGUAUCUAAAGUACUGAACAGAGGGAGUUUAGAUGGGGGAUCUAUGGUUGCGUUUUUCAAGUGGGCUAUCGAACAGGGGAAGGUAUUUGGGAAUGUUGAUAGUUAUAAUAUUGUUCUUAAAGGGUUAGGAAGAAGGAAAUUCUUUGAUUAUAUGAUCAAUUUGUUUGGUGAAAUGAAGGAGAAAGGUUUGAACCCUAAUCAUGAAACAUUGUUUAUUUUUAUGGAUAGUUAUGUUAAGGCCAAUCGAGUUUCAAAAGCUUUACAUAUGUUCAAGAAACUGGAAGAAUUUGGGAUGGAGUAUGAUUUGGAGUCUCUAAAAGUCAUGCUAAGAUGCCUUUGUAAUCGGUCUCAUGUAGCCACUGCAAGUUCUUGGUUGCAUAAAAUGAAAGAAAAGGUGCAGUUUGAUUGUGAGACAUAUAACAUACUACUAUGUGGGUUUUCCAAAUUUGGUAAGGUGGAUGAAAUCAAAAGGGUUUUGAAGGAAAUGGUGGAAGAUGGAUUUGAUCCUGAUAGUUUAACUUUUAGCUACCUUCUUGAGGGCUUAGGGAGAGCUGGUAGAAUCAAUGAUGCCAUUGACAUGUUCAUGAAAUUGAAAGAGAAGAAAAGAUGUGUGUUGAAUGUGAACCUUUUCAACUCAAUGAUCUUCAACUUCAUAUCAAUUGGAGAUAUUGAUGAAUGUUUGAAAUACUACAAUCUUAUGUUGAAUGAUAAUUGUGAACCAAAUAUGAACACUUAUAUUUCGAUAAUCUCUGCUUUUCUUAAAUCCCGAAGAGUAUCAGAUGCUAUUGAAAUGUUUGAUGAAAUGAUAGGUAGAGGGAUGAGGCCCACAACUGGGACAAUAACCUUGUUUAUUGAGUUUCUUUGUAGCUAUGGCCCACCACAUGCUGCUAUGAUGAUUUACAAGAAAGCAAAAGAUGCAGGGUGUGUGAUAUCAGUAAAUUGUUACAAGAUUCUGCUUAUGAGACUUUCAAGAUUUGGGAAAUGUGGUAUGCUUUUGCAGGUAUGGGAUGAGAUGGAAGAAGAAAGUGGUUGUUUUUGUGAUGUGGAAGUUUAUGAGUACAUCAUCAAUGGGCUUUGUAACAAUGGUCAACUUGAAAAUGCUGUGAUAGUUAUGGAGGAGUGUUUGAAGAAAGGGUUUUGUCCUAGUAGGCUUAUAUCUGCUAAGUUGAGUAACAAACUAAUUGCUUCAAAGAAAGUGGAAAUGGCUUAUAAACUGUUUUUAAAGAUGAAGAAAGGUCGACAUGAUGAAAAUGCACAGAAAUAUUGGAGAGCUAAAGGGUGGCAUUUUUGA